AUGACCUGUAAUUUCAUGGUCAAACCGAAUGGCGGAUGUCCGGAAGACUACUGGUGCCAUACUGGAGCUUCUUAUGCUACCACAACUUGCUGUCCUAUCAUCAAAUUUGGUAAUUUAUUCAAUGAAAAAUAUUAAAUUUUAAAACGUCAUCAAUUUUAGAGGACAAAUGCAAAAUGGCCAAGGUGAAUGGAGAAGGUGAAGAUCUGAUUCCCCGAUGGUAUUUCGACCAUCUUGAUGGAGUUUGCAAAAGAUUUCUGUAUAAGGGACUCAAAGGGAACGCCAAUAAUUUCAUUACUAAUGUUCAAUGUAGUGAGGCUUGUGAGGGAUCUCAAGGUGAGAAAAAUAAUGUUAACUGGUAUAAAAUUUAAUUUUACAACUUAAAAUUUACAUUUAGAAAAGAUCUCACGGUCCAGCGGGUUCGUCAACCCUUGCGCAACAGGAACUCCAGCCAAAACCAGGGACGGCAGUGUUCAAACUUGCACCCCUACUGAUGAGAACCAUUCCGUGUGCCCUACUGGAUACUUCUGUCACAUUGGAGAGAGCAAAAAUGUUUGCUGUGAGAAAACUUCCAGUAAGUCACCAUCUUUCGCUUGGCUCUUACUAAAGCUGCUCUUGAUGUACCAAGGAUGAUAUUCUUAAAGUUUUGGCGAGAAAUUUGGAAUUUCAGAUACCGAUCGGUGCCAUCUUCCCCUUUCUUUGGGAAACGGAAUCGCCGAGCUUCGAAGAUUCUACUACAAUCCCAUUGCCAAAAGAUGUAUCGAAUUUUUAUACAAGGGAAUCGCCGGGAAUGAAAACAACUUCUUGACCUAUAAUGACUGCAAGAAACAAUGUCUCAGUAAGUAUAAGCCGCUAAUAAUUUGGCUAAAAUUAAUUAUAGAAUUCAAUAACCCUUGUCCAUCGAGUUUCGAUCACGGAGAGCGAAAAGAAUGCUCUCCGUUGUCAAAUCUCUGCGAAAAGGGAGAAUGGUGCCAUAUUGGAUCCAAUUCCGAGACCACUGCUUGUUGCCCGGGAGCUAUUGCCGAUCCCUGUAAACUCCCAUUGGAUUAUGGAGAAGGGAAUGAAAGUUUGACAAGAUGGUAUUCAGAUCCUUCGGAUAAGUCAUGCAACAAUGAAUGCAAACCAUUUGUUUAUCGAGGAGUCAAGGGAAAUCAAAACAACUUUGUCACAAAAGAAGCGUGUGAGGAGAAAUGUAGAAGUAAGUGGAGACUAAUAUUCUAGCUUGUAGUGAUAAUCUAUAUAGCAACUCAACUUUGAGAGAAAAUGAUGACUAAUUUAUGCAUCGAAAGUCUCUAGAAUUUGUGCAUCAAGUUAAUAGUCUAACAUAACAUUCCUAAUCGUCCUCUAUAAUGCUUACGCCGACCUAAAACAGUGAUCACCAUAGUCGUGUGUCUUUUACAGCCGAGUGCACUAACCCGUGUUCGAGUGGGGACUUGUUGUUAUCAUCGGUGGAUGGGAAGCCGAGACAAUGCAGCCCAACGGACAUCUGCCCCAACGGAUAUUGGUGUCACGUGGGUCUGAUUCCAGAGACUACAGUCUGCUGCUCAUCAGGUAAGGGAUUAAAUUAGAUUUUACAUAGGUUUAGUCAAACAACCAUGCGAUCUUCCGAUGGUCGAAGGAUUUGGGGAGGCGUUGAUAACCAGAUGGUACUAUAAUAAAAGGACCAGGCAAUGCAUCAGUUUUAUCUAUCGAGGAAUUGGAGGAAAUCAGGUGAGCCCGAGAGAAAUUUUGAACUACAUCUAUAUUAUCCAUGAGAUUAAAAUUUCCCGGGUAUUUUUUGGAUAACUCUCAAUCUGUUUAGAACAACUUCCUAAGCCAAGAUGAAUGCCGAGCCGCCUGUCCUGCUUUUGACAACCCAUGUGGCUCAGGACAACCGUUAUUAGUCAGUCAUCGGCCCAAGAUUUGUAGUCCAACCCAAAGAUGUCCGGGUACACAUUACUGUCACAUCGGCGAGUCUAGUCUCAAUUACUGCUGUCCAAAGAGUAAGUAUUGUGUUUUACUAUCAUUCGGGAUCAAAAUCUCCGGUUACAUUUUUUCUAAUCCUUCAAAAAAUUAAGUUCAAGCAUUUGAUGGCCUGGUAAAAUAACACUUUUUAGACGGAAAUCCCUGCGAUCAGCCGUUGGCCAAUGGCCUAGGCCAAGCAAACUUCAAGCGUUUCUACUACGACAAAGAGAGCCGUCAAUGUCAGGAGUUCAACUACCAUGGCGCCAAGGGGAAUGCGAACAACUUCUUGACUUUGGAGGACUGUCGACUCGUUUGCCAAGGUGUAUAUUAACUCGAAUCUCAUUACGCUGUAAUCUCACGUUCAUCUCGAUCUUAUGUUUCCUAACCCCACUGUGCUUUGUUGGCCUUUUUCUGCCGUUUUUUUGUGUUUAUUAAACACUUACUGACCUAAUAUUGUUCAUGUUCUGAGUGUUUAUUCUCAAUCUCUAGCCUCGACCAAUCCCUGCCCUGAGGGCGAUCCAUUGCAAGACCCGAUCAAUAGAGAGCCUAUGAUUUGUGGAGGACCUCAAGAGUGCCCCAGGGGAUUCUGGUGUCACGUUGGGGGAUCUCCGGAGACUACAAACUGCUGUCCGGGAUGUAAGUCUCUUUUCUAGCUAUCCUUAUUUGGUUUCAUCAAUAAUUUUCUCAAUUUUAAGACCGUCACCCAUGCGAUCUUGAGACCAGCGAAGGAGAAGGACAACUUCGAUUGGAAAGAUGGACCUUUGAUGGGACCGCUCAAAUGUGCCGCAGGUUCUACUAUAAGGGAGCGAAAGGAAAUUCAAACAACUUUCUGAGCAGAGAGGCAUGCAGGCAGGUCUGUCCUGGUAAGAACUCUUGUUUCUCACUUUAUAUUCAAUUCUAAUGACACAAAAUAUUUUGAUGUCUACAAUAGCAUAAUUUCUCUCCAGAAAUGAACCCCUGUCUAACUGGUGAACCUCUCCUUAAUUCCACUGGCAACAGACUGACCUGUGAGCCGACCGAGAAGUUCACGGGCUGUCCGGCUAGCCAUUUCUGUCAUCCCGGAUCCAAUUCGGACAGUCAAGUGUGCUGUCCUCGAGGGGAAGUUGAUAUUUGUGAACAAAAAGUGCAAGAAGGUCACGGAAAGGAGCAUCUCAAGAGAUUUUACUUCGAUUCGAGUGACUCCAUCUGCAGAGAGUUCACUUUCAAAGGAGGGAAAGGGAAUGAAAAUAAUUUCAUGACCAAAUCCGCCUGUGAGGAUGUUUGCCCAGGUAAGGAGAACACAAAAACUCUAAUUAGUUUGCCUUAAAUUACUAACCUAAAGCCUCUUCAGCCCAUAGAAGUUACUGUCCCCAUGGCCAACCCCAAACCGACCCCCAUUCCAAGAAACCGAUACCUUGUGGUAUCCUGAAGAGCUGCUCAAUCGGGUUCGUGUGUCAUAUGAGUGUUGAAUAUCGAGUCAGUGUGUGUUGUGAGGUAAGUAGCAGGUCAUAAAGAUCCCAUUAUACCCAUUUCCCAACUUUUAGAACCCCGCCAACUUCUGUACGGCUCCCCGAGAUCCGGGACAUUGCAAUGGAACUGAAAUCAGAUUUGGUUAUAAUGCUCUCACUGACACUUGUGUCGAAUAUAAAUACUCAGGAUGCGGAGGAACGCUGAAUAAUUUCAAAACAAUGGAACAAUGCACACAAAUCUGCUGUAAAGAAUAUAAGCACCGACAUUAG